AUGUCGAAUCAAGCUGGUCCUUCGAGGCAUCCCGCUGGGCCUCCUCCCUCGCGACAACCGAUCAGUCUGGAGCCAUACGUACUGGAUAAGCUAGCACCUGCAAGACUCUUCAAAGACGCUAUAAAUGGAAAACUGCCCUGGGUUUCCACUGCACACCAUGGCUACUCAACGAAAGCCCAGAUCUCCAGUAUCGCCUUUGACGAUACUGGCAAUGGCUGCGUCACGGCAGGAGAAGACGAGCUGUUCAAUUGGUGGGACAUCACUACCGGAACGAAAAAGAAGACAUAUGCAUCUCACAAGUAUGGAUUAUCGCAGAUCCGCUUGACUCAUAAGCCGACCAACGUCCUUCACACGUCGACCAAGACGAAUCACGAUAUCCGGUAUCAUUCCAUGCAUGACAACAAGUACCUCCUGUAUCUGAAAGGACAUAGUGCGAGGGUCCGCUCUAUCCAGAUGCACCCGACAGAAGACCGCUUCAUCUCGGGAGGGGAUGAUGGGACUGUCCGGAUAUGGGAUCUUCGGCAGGGUAAAUGCCAGGCACUGCUCAACAAUGUUGGAGGAUCCACGAUAGCAGCGUUUGAUCACGCCGGGACGAUCUUUGCGGUCGCUUCGUCGGACCUAGGCGUCGUCAUGCUGUACGGCACCGAUGCGCCUGACGCCAUCCCCUUCUCUCAUGCCCGACUUGUCGAUCCCGAACUCGAACGCGCAAGCCAACCUCCCCGCCGACCCGUCUUCACCUCGAUAUCCUUCUCCAACGCCGGCGACCUCAUCCUCAUCGGUACCUCCUCUGACGUGCACUACGUCGUCGACGGUUACGACCUCAGCAUACACUGUCGACUCGUCGGGCAUCAGGGGCUCGAGACGGAUCGGAAUGGCAGAAGAGAGCCACAACCACGGCGCGGGGGAAGCGGGGAGGAAGUGGGCUGGACGGCCGAUUCGAGAUGGGUCUACUCGGGCUCCGCGGACGGAAGCGUCUAUUUCUGGGAUAUGGCGUCUCAUCAAAGACCGUCAGACGAUGCCAAAUUGAAGGCGGGAGGGAGGAUACCGUACAAGACGCUCACGCCAACGAUACGGAAGAAGCCAGAGAUGUUUGCCGAGAUGGGACCGUCGAGGGCGGUGAGGUUCAAUCCGAGGCAUGCGAUGAUGGCGGUGGGAGGGGAACAGCUGGCAUUCAUGCUGCCCGAGCGAGAAGAAAAGGCCCCGGAGGGGUGGUGA